UUUCUUAGUUAAUUAGGUUAGGGUUCUUUUGGGGGCUAAAAUAUUUGCAUCAAUCGCCAUCGGCAUAAUCGAGAUUGGGUUUUGAGAUUUUGAUUUUUAAGAAUCGUUAAAUCAGGGGAGGGUUGAGAGAUAGGGGCAUGGAGAAUGGUCACGAUCGGAAAUUGGCUGAAAAGCUAUCGGGUUUGGCCCUCAACGACGAUAGCUUGUUUCAGGUCAUGAAAGCUGUUGAGGCCGCCGAAGCCACCAUUAAGCAACAGGCGGAAGAGAAUUGUCGGUUGAGGUCCGAGCUCCAGAAGAAACUUGAGCAGCUCGAAAAAUAUAAAGAGGAAAGUGUUAACAAUCAAAAUGCUUCUGCAAAGGAAGCUACCGAUACCAUCUUAAAUGGUACUUUGAAAGCAUUUUCUGCUGCUGCUGCUUCUGAUAGUAAUACGGGUCCUGCUAUUUCUCGUCUCUCUUCGCCCUCUACGGCUACCACUUUUUCGCCAACCAGGUACCAGUUAGAAGAAGAAUACAGUUCUAGAUUGCCACAGGGUCUCAUACCAAUGGCUAAUUCCAAUUCCAUUUGGAAACAGGAUGCUUCUAUCAAGGGUCGAGAAAAUGAGGAAGUGAUUUUGCAGAUGCGCAAACAGCUUGCUGAAUUUUCCGUCAAGGAAGCACAAAUUCGUAAUGAAAAAUAUGUUCUUGAAAAGCGAAUUGCUUAUAUGCGUCUGGCCUUUGAUCAACAACAACAGGACCUUGUUGAUGCUGCCUCUAAAGCUCUCUCUUAUAGGCAAGACAUAAUUGAGGAAAAUAUUCGUCUAACAUAUCAGUUACAGGCUGCGCAGCAAGAAAGAACAACUUUUGUGUCCUCUUUGCUUCCACUAUUGGCGGAAUAUUCCCAGCGGCCAACAGUUCCUGAUGCUCAAUCCAUUGUAAGCAACGUCAAGGUUCUAUUUAAACAUCUGCAAGAGAAGCUUCUUAUCACUGAGUCAAAGCUAAAGGAAUCGCAGUAUCAGUUGACACCUUGGCGGUCGGAUGUCAAUCAUUCCAAUUUUGCUCCCCAAUCCCCGUCUCAUUCCCUUGGUGCAACAUUGACAGCUUCAAACAAAAAUGGUCUCGAAUUGGUUCCGCAGUUGGUUUUUUCCCAAGGAAAGGCACAGAUAAUCUCUGAUGCUCAAACAGACUCCAAUUGGGAUCUACCUGGUCAGCACCAAGGUGGCUUGGGUGGUGGCAUUGCUUUAACAAAUUUGGAACCUGAUGAUUUGGGGAGGUAUUCACCCAUAGCAAGCAGCAAUAGUGAGAUGGAUUAUCCUGAUACUGAGGGACCCCAGAUUGAAAGAGAAUCUCCCUCCAAUUGGGGUUCAAGAAACUCACCUUAUACCUCACAUGAUGACCCCAGUUCCUCUUAUCCUUCUUAUCUGCCACCAGUUCUUGAAGAGCCUUCGUCUUCUUUUUCUGAGGCUGUUGAAGAUGAUCGACUUCCAGCUAUAGAAGGUCUCCAAAUUUCAGGGGAAGCUUAUCCAGGAAGGGAACUUCAGGCGUGUGGAUAUUCUAUUAAUGGAACAACCAGCUGUAAUUUCGAGUGGGUGCGGCAUAUGGAAGACGGAUCUGUUAAUUACAUUGAAGGAGCAAAGCAGCCAAACUAUCUUGUUACCGCCGAUGAUGUUGAUACCUACCUUGCUAUUGAAAUUCAGCCUUUAGAUAACAGGAAGCGCAAGGGAGAGCUGGUGAAGGUCUUCGCCAAUGAGCACAAGAAGAUCACAUGUGAUCCGGAGAUGCAAGCCCACAUAGAGAAGACUCUUCAUAGUGGUCAAGCUUCAUAUAAAGUUUCAUUUACGACAAGAUAUCUUGAUAUAUGGGAACCAGCUACGUUGACCAUUAAAAGAGACAGUUACAGUAUCAAGUUUAAUGGACCCAAUGGUCCUUUGGUGACUGAAAAGUUUCACCCGACCACUCAGAUUAAAAUUACAUAUGAAGAGCCUACAGAAUUUAUGAUUAUUGGAUCAAAUGGUGUUCAGCGCGUGUUACGAGCAGACAGUAGCCCUCAAGAUAAUAGCCGCUCAAGAGAUACAAUUGUGCUCACCUUGAGAUUAUUUAUAAUACGGGCUGGUGAGAGAAGAAAAGGGAAGAAGAGAGGAAUACUCUUUUAACAAGGCAUACAUGGUUCAUUCACCGUGCGGUUGAGUUAGAAACCUUGGUAUUGAGAUUGUGUAGAAUAUAUAUUUGAGAAUGCCCCCUCUAGAUUAACUAGUUAACUUGUUGGUAGCUAGCUUUAGUGGUCUAAUAUUCUUUACAGGCAGCAAUGUUGAGUUGUAAUUACAUUUUGAUUCGAUAAUUUCCAUCUUCAUUGCUGUCUUAUCUCGCUUAAUCACAAGAUGGUGUCCGGGAGUUUUUUUUUUUUUUUUUGUAUUACUUUCCGACCCCUUUAGAGGUCGUGUUUACAGGAAUGGUUGGUCAUUUUUGUGAUAUAUACGCUGUGGUUCUUUCCUU